CGGAGGCAACGGGGGCAACACACAGAGGGAGCACGGAGGACACACUCACUAUCACACACACACACACACACACUCACUGUCACACACACACACCCUCAUAUACACACACCCACACUCAUUAGAGCUCAGGAGGAGGACACACUCGCUCACUCAGCGAUCAGAGAGGCAGAGAGAGAGCAGGUGAAUCAGAACUGCUGCAGAGAACCAUCACUCUACUGGACAGAGCCCAUUGAGUGUUGGAGGACUAAUGGGUGGGGGCAGUCAUCAGAACGAGGAUGUCUCGACAGAAGGCAGAGGGGCGAAUGCCGUAUACACCUGGGAUGAGGUGCAGAAACACAGUCAUCGGGGAGACCAGUGGGUGGUGAUCGAGCGGAAGGUGUACAAUGUCAGCAACUGGGUUAACAGACAUCCUGGAGGCCGCAGGGUUAUCGGUCAUUACGCUGGAGAGGAUGCAACGGAAGCGUUUACAGCAUUCCAUCCUGAUCAGAAGUUCGUACGGAAGUUUAUGAAACCACUGCUGGUUGGAGAGCUAGCACCCUCUGAGCCCAGCCAGGACAACAAGAAAAAUGCUGCCCUGGUUGCAGAUUUCCAGGCAUUGCGGGAGAAGUUUAAUGCAGAGGGUUUGUUCCGCACUAGUCCUCUGUUCUUCAUGAUGCACCUCGGCCAUAUUCUAGUCCUGGAAGCCAUAUCUCUGGCGCUGCUUUGGCAUUUUGGCAACGGCUGGAUUACCACAAUUCUAUGUAUUUUAUUACUGGCUACUGCACAGUCUCAGGCUGGCUGGCUGCAACAUGACUUCGGCCAUCUGUCCGUCUUCAAGAGGUCCGGCUGGGAUCAUGUAGCGCACAAAUUCGUCAUUGGACAUCUAAAGGGAGCCUCAGCAAACUGGUGGAACCAUCGUCACUUUCAACACCAUGCUAAGCCCAAUGUGGUCCUUAAGGACCCUGACAUCAACAUGCUGAAGAUCCUGGUACUGGGAAACGUGCUGCCUGUAGAGUAUGGAAUUAAAAAGUUGAAGAACUUGCCCUACAACCAUCAGCACAAGUACUUCUUUUUCAUUGGUCCUCCUCUGCUCAUCCCAGUGUACUUCAACAUGCACAUUUUGCAGACGAUGAUCAUGCAGCGGGACUGGGUGGACUUUGCAUGGUAUCUGUCCUACUACGCACGCUACUUCUCUUGUUAUGUUCCCUUUUUUGGAUUCUUCGGAUCAAUUGCGAUUCUGACCUGUGUGAGGUUUUUGGAGAGUCACUGGUUUGUGUGGGUGACCCAGAUGAACCAUAUCCCUAUGGAUAUAGACUACGACAUACAUGAGGACUGGCUAAGCAUGCAGUUGAGAGCCACCUGCAACGUUGAGCAGUCAUUCUUCAAUGACUGGUUUAGUGGUCACCUGAACUUCCAGAUCGAGCACCAUCUGUUUCCCACAAUGCCUCGUCAUAACUACAUCCGUGCUGCUCCUCGGGUGCAGGAGCUUUGCAAGAAGUAUGGAGUUCAGUACCAAGUCAAGGGCUUAUGGGAGGCCUGGUCUGACAUCGUCAGGUCUCUGAAGAAGUCAGGAGAGCUGUGGCUGGACGCUUACCUUCACAAAUAAUCCCAAUAAUUCCAAUCCCCAACUCGCCCCUCCUUCAUUCAAUGACUUCAAUUUUUAAACAAUAUACAACAAUCAAAAUCCAAAAACGUAAACGUUUAAGAAUAUCCGUAACAAAUAAGUCUUAAUUCACAAAUACUGUUGCUGUUUAUCUCUCCCUUUUCCAUGUAUGCUGGAACUCAACUGUAAUUAAAGUGCUCUAGCUGUAACUGAAUUGCACAGUAAACCUGCAGACAAAUGCUGUUUAAAUGCUGGACUUUACAACUGUAAGAACUGUACCUGAUAUUUCGUAGGGUUUUUUUAGUUCUGACUUCUACCUGUACCUGUUUAAAUCAGAGAAAAGUUGGAUAGUAUUUUGAAUUUAUUAGGAGUUUUAGCAGAAUCUGGAUUACAUAACUUUUGCAGUUUUGUACUUAAUUUUUCCUGUAUUGUUUAUAUGAAAAUACCUGUGUUUUUUGCUUUUUUUCCUAAUCAGCUAUUACAUAUGAUGUAAUUUGUGGAAAAAAUGAAGCAGAAAGCACACAUUAAACACAUAUGUUGUGAAAUAAAAUUUUAAAAAGAG